UGGCAGGGAGAGGUAGUCACUGCCAUUCACUACUCACCCUCUAUUUUAUUAUUAGCUCACUUGGAUCUGGCAGCAGGGCUUUUUUUCUCAGCAGCAGCAGCAGCGGGAGCAGCAGGAGCGACUUUUGCGUUGCGCAACCAAGUAGCUGCACAUUAUUGGGAUCUCAGGUAAAGGUGUGGGGAUACAGCAGGGAGAAGCGAGCGGCUGAUUUUUUGUUGGGCUCGAUGGAAGCUGCUAGGUAGGACUCAAUUGACGGCCCUUUAAUUUUAACCCCCCCAUCACACACACACACCGUCGUUAACACAGCGCACCGCUCCGUUUUCUCGUCUCCAAAUGUUCAAGACGGCCAAUUACCCGACGGUGGAUCCAGCGCCCACCAUCAUGCACGGCACUUGGCUUUCCACGGGGUGCCGAGAAACGCCCGUAGCGGUGGAGAAACCUAAGAAAAAGGCGUUCAGCCUGGUCAAAAUAAUGUCUCUCAGCAACAAGAAAGGACACGGCCAGCAUCCGCACCACAACAACAACAUGCCCUUUACGAUCCACUGUCACAUCGGGAAAGAGAUAAAGCACAUUUGCAGCAAUUGCAGCCGCGGGAACGACACGCAGGACGCUGAGGAAGUAGAGAGGCUGGCCGCCAUGCGUUCUGAGUCCUUGGUCUCCGGCACCCACACUCCACCCAUCCGUCGUCGGAGCAAGUUUGCCACUCUGGGGCGCCUCCUCAAGCCCUGGAAAUGGAGGAAGAAAAAGAGUGAGAAGUUCAAGCAGACCUCUGCUGCUUUGGAGAGGAAGAUGUCAAUGCGACAGAGCAGAGAUGAGCUGAUCAAGAGAGGAGUGCUGAAAGAGAUCUUUGAAAAAGCAACCGUUGAGUUCCGAUCCUCGAUGGACGGCGGGGGCUGCACUCAGGAGCAGUCUAUUAAGUCAUCUAUGGUCCUGCCCACCAAGAAAUCUGUCACCUACUCUAGUGACCUUCAGGAUACCCCCGCCAAGCCGCCGCUGUACCACAAACAGCCUCCUGCUCUCCCUCCAAAGCCUUUCUCUAGGAUCCCAAACCAUAGCACAGAUUCUUGCCAGCCAAUGAAGUUGCCCUGUAUGCCCGGGGGAAAGCACUCUCCACCUCUGCCUCCCAAGAAAGUGAUGAUAUGUGUGCCUCCAGGGGGUCUGGACUCAAACUCCCCGUCUCCGUCCCCCAAUUCCCUCUGCAGUCUCCCCCAAAAGUGUGCCCCUCCCCAGGGUAUGCCCGUCCACCACGGCACUCUGCUGCCCUCUCAGCUCGCCGCUCUAUCCAGUCUUCACCAGAGCCACGGUCACCCGCUCCAGCUUCAGUAUGGCAGCUUGCAUGCGCCCAGCCGCAUCAUCGAGGAGCUCAAUAAAACCCUGGCGCUCUCCAUGCAGAGGUUUGAAAGCUCCGCAUUGCACAGCGCCAGCCAGUGUGCUCCCCUGGACAGGAGAGAAGUGCCGUCUGUGAUCAUCGACUAUGAGGACGACAAGGAGAACAUGCCCAAUGAGUCCGAUUACGAAGAUCUCCCCAGCAUGUAUAAGGACGAAGACGAUGAUGUUGAUGAUGACGAUGACGACGACGAUGAUGACAUCUUUACAAGUACCCUGGCUCAGAAGGUGCUGAGGAAAGACUCUCUGGCCAUCAAGCUGAGUAACCGUCCAUCCAAAAGAGAGCUGGAAGAGAAAAACAUCCUGCCCAUGCAGACAGAUGAGGAGAGGCUGGAGUCUAGGCAGCAGAUAGGCACCAAACUCACAAGGCGCUUGAGUCAGAGACCCACUGCGGAGGAGCUGGAACAGAGGAACAUCCUCAAACCUCGCAAUGAGCAAGAGGAAAUGGAGGAGAAGAGGGAGAUCAAGCGAAGGCUAACACGAAAGCUGAGCCAGAGGCCCACUGUAGAGGAGCUGAGACAGGCCAAAAUCCUCAUCCGAUUCAGUGACUACGUGGAGGUGUCAGAUGCCCAGGACUACGACAGGCGGGCAGAUAAGCCCUGGACCCGGCUCACAGCAGCUGACAAGGCCACUAUACGGAAGGAACUCAACGAUUUCAAGAGCAACGAGAUGGAAGUGCACGAGUCAAGUCGCCAUUUAACCAGGUUUCACAGACCAUAGUAGACCACCACUGUCUUGAGCAGUGCCGGACCGGCGCUCUCCUCCACUGAGAACCUUAAGUGCUGGACAGUAAAAUGGUGCCCGUUUCUACAAUAAGGCCAUGUCUUCUGAAAUGCCUUUUCAAGACCCACACAACUGAGUCGGUACUACGCUCCAAGAUGUAGACACCCACUACUCCAUCCACUGUAGUAGCACAUAAUGACUCCAGUUGAUUCACAUCGCCCCUCUAUGGAAUUUGCUCGACUGUCUCUUUAACCUCUCCGCUGAGCUCUCAGGCAGGCGCUCAGUUCUGUGGCGAUUGGACAGCGGGAGAGUUUUUGUUUGCAAUUGAACAACACUUUCGACAACUACCGAGGGCAACUGUACCUUGGUUCAUCAAUAACACCAGUGGACUUGUCUCAGUGGACAUGUUUUUAUCCCUCUUCUUUAUUCUGUUCUCACUCUGGACUCCUCUAGUUGCGGACAGCUCUGUGCGAGGACGCAUGGUUGUUAGUUCUGAGCUCUCGACAUCAGCAGGAGAUCCAUCUUUACUGCACCUGCUGGGACUUUGGAAACGGCUUAGAAAGACACAGACGGGGAGGGAGGGGUCCAGCAUUAGAAUUAUGUGCAAUAUUUCUUUUCUUCUGCUUUUCCAAGGCUAUAGCACCCCCUAGAGUCCCCUCUGUGUCAUUACUAUGUAGUCUUGACUUCUGUUCUUCCCUCAUAUGUGCAAUUCUCACUGUACCGACAAUGUUGACAUCUAAUUGCUAACUGUGAAUUUGAGAGUUUGGGAAAUGCCCGCGCUCUCUCCAAAUGUACAUUUUGUUUAUACUGAAGAAGGAAAGUUACAUUUAAAGAAGACUCUUGCUUGACCAAGUUUCAGUCAUGUCACAAUCUUAUAAAUUUAAUGUAAAAAUUGCAGCUGGCAGAUAUACUCUGGUUCCAGUGUGUGCAACAAUUAUCUGUUUUCUAUUAUUUUUGGUAGAUUUUAAUUGUUUUUGAUAGAGGCACUUGGAUCAUAAAUGAUUAAUUCACAUGUUCUUUACAUGUUCAAGCUCUUUGGAUUCGACACAGAACGCCAAGAGCCGGCCCACCAUGUCAUUAUCCCUUACAUUUUUUUCUUUUUGCAGCAGUGUGUUUAUGAUCUUUGCUCAUAAUGUGCAUUGUAUUAUACACUUUACUUUUCUACUCGUGACAUUAUAAGCUUUUGACCGAGCAAUAUCUGUUGUUUGUAGACAAAAGGUUAAACUACAGGUGUAAUCCCCACCAUGUUUUUUACUGUGCUUAUAGACUACGCCUCACUUCAGGGUUUUAUUUUUUCUUUUAUACUUUUACUUUAGAAAGGCUUUAUUCAGGAGGACUUUGUUCCUGUUUUUUUUUUUUUUUUU